AUGUCUGAUCACACCGAUUAUUCCUCCGAGUCCAUGCCUGGCCAAGACAACGGGCUGAGGCCGCUUUCCAAUGUAGACGAAUUGUCUCUGGGAAACCCCAAUAACAGCGACUUGUCUCGUAUCAUGAGCCGUGCUGGUAUUGCAAUGGCCAACGGUUUCCCACUUGACGACGAUGAAGAUGACGAUGACGACGAGGUAGAUGAGGACUAUGUCGCGGUUGACCAGGACGACGCGAAUGAUUUCCCAUAUUGGUUCCGUCGCCAACCCACUCACAAUCGCACAAAGUUGGAUGAACUGCACCCUUUCGUCCAAUUGCUCUCCACAUCAAAUGUCGAAGACUGCGUGAAGGUCGAGGCAGCUUUCCCAGAGCCAGAGCGUUGUUCCCACGACAAGUUCAUUUACCGUCUCACUAAGUGCCCUGAACUCAGCCUGGGUCUCUUCACUCUUCCUCUCCUCGCAGAAGGAGAACCCAAACCCCGCCCCACGCUUGUUGGGCACAUCGUUUCUACUCGUACCUCAGAGCCUCUUGUGACAGACCGAUCAAUGCGACUUCCUGCCAAUUGGCAAAAUGAGCGUUGGACUCUCGAGAAUGGGGAGGCCGUUGGCCACGAAGAAGGUGGCAGCACGAUUGCUAUUCAUUCGCUUGCUGUGGACCCUGAGCAUCAAGGCAAGCAGGUCGGCAGCACGCUGAUGAAGUCAUAUAUCCACCGCAUUCGUGAGGCCCAGAUUGCUGAGCGCAUUGCCAUCAUUGCACACGAUCACCUGAUUCCCUUCUACGAGUCAUUUGGCUUCGAGUCCCGUGGACCCAGCAAGUGCCAGUUUGGCGGUGGUGGAUGGUUUGAUAUGGUCCUAGAGUUUGGCCCCGAGCCUCUUGAGGAGUAA